AUGGCGAACCUGCAAAUUGUUCCAGCUUCCAACAACGUGGAAGCACAGUACGUGGAGAUGAUGGUGCCUCUGUACUCAUAUGGAUGUGAGAAGAAAGUAAAGAAGACAUUAGCCGGAAUUAAAGGGAUAUACUCAGUGAAUGUGGAUUAUAAUCAGCAGAAGGUGACAGUGUGGGGAAUAUGCAACAAAUAUGAUGUGCUAACGACCAUGAGGACCAAGAGGAAAGAAGCCCGGUUCUGGAAUGAUGAAGACAACGCGGAGAUGGAAGAACCCGUGAAAGAUCCCAAGCCUAUGACUUUAACUAGAGUUCGCUCUCUUAGCUGGAAAGCAUGGAGGAUGGUCUUCAAGAGAUCAUAUUCCUUUUAAAGAAAAAUUGGAAGUGGAUAAAUAAGAAUAAAACACAACUUCCUCAUUUCUGAGAACUUUGAUUUGAUGUAAAUUGGCCAACAUACAUUUCCCACAUGAUCAGUUGGUGGACCACUGUUUCUUCAAGCAUUCCGGCUUCCUAAAUGUAUAUCUUUUUGACAAA